CAUACGCCAGCAGCCAAAGCCCAUUCGCAUGUGGCUAAUCUGAGGUUGCGACUGUAUCAUUCUAGAUGGGUGUCAAAGCGUCAAUCCUCGAUCCAGAAAGGACUCCCUGACCCUUGACUCGGCGCAGUCCGUCAUCGCUAUCAGCCCUCGCUUCACUCCAUACCAUUCCCCCGUGCAGACAGAGCAUUUCUCCGCCACGAGCAUGGACGGUCAUGCUCAUUCUUCAGGGAGCCUGUCCUCCUCUCCUCCACCAUCUUCGUUACCACAGCACCAACCUUCUCUUCAACGUCUUCCUUCCCUCUCCGCGGCCCUGAAGCCUUUCUCCUCUGCUCCCGUUCGCAGAAAACCUCUCCCUUCUCAGUCCACGCCGACACUUCAACCUCCUCCCAGCUCGACAUCUUCACCAUUACAGACAUCGUCGUCGACCGAACCUUCAUUUGCGGCUCCUCUUGGAGGUGUUGAUCGUUCACUUCCAGUGCAUUCCUCCUCUCCUGAUCUACCACCGAAAGACUACGACGACAGUCCUUUAACCCGUACCUAUACCAACGGCUCACUAUCGGGAACCACCAUCCCACGGAUACAACACUCACCUGCGGGCCAACAUCCAACACAAACGCCCAAUGGCAUCCCCUUAGGCCAAGUCAUCGUGGAAGAGGAAAUGGCCUCGAAGUCUGCCUCGAGGCCUCCGCCUCUGCGGACCGACUCGUCUUCCUCCAACAGGUCACUGACCGUUGUGGACGGGAAAAAGCCAACAACACCAGGGAGCAAGUUCACAUCCUUCUUCUCCAGGAAACCAAUUGCUUCACCUAGCUCUGAAUCAGCUGUCACAGACAUAUCAGAUAGAAGAUCACCUCUUCCUUCACCUUACGCUGGCUCACCACAUGCUUCGACCCACUUCUCCGGGGGUUCUGUCUACGGUAACGGAGGGGGCAGACAACCCCAAUCACAGUCAUCUCAAGACUCGAUCGACUUCGAUGGCAGCUCACGCCCUCGAGGUUCGUAUCACAGUGACUCGGCACAGAGAUGCCUCCAGCUGGAAGCUGAGCUCCGCGAGAUCAGCACCGAGUUGGCAAAUUCCAUUAAGCGCGAGAUGGAUUUAGAAGACCUUGCUGAGAGACUUCAGACAGAAGGACCAGGUUUUCAUCGAGAGGCAGAUCGCACCAGUGAUUACUUCUCAGAUUCGGGCACAAGCUCUAUCCGCCCUCAAAUGAAUGACGACCCUAAAGAGGAGGUGGCAAGGGUGAAGAGGGAGUCGGAGCAGCUCAGAGCACAACUAAAAGUCGAAAUGUCCCAAAAAUGGCAGACAGAACGAUCAAGCCGGCAAGCCUUGGAGGCUCACGUCCAGAUCCUGGAACAGAGGCUCUCUCAAGACCGUCGGAAUCAGAAUGAAUCAAUCGACAACUCGUCUCGGGCAAAAGAGUUGGAAACGUCGUUAGAGGACGCGAGGAGACGCUUACUUGAAGAAAGACAGACCAAGGAAAACUUUGAAGAUCUCCUCACCGCACUUCGGGUUGACCUGGAACAGCAUCGAAAUGAGCGUGACAACUUACGUGAUGAAGUUGUGCCACAGUUGCGUCUACAGAUCGAAGGGCUCGAGCAGAAUCUUGGUGAUUUCCAAAAGUCUCCAUAUGAGCUCUCGCGCCUACAACAAGAACUUCAGAGCCUGCGAGACGAGAAUGCCGCUCUGCACAGCGCCCGAGCAAUGAACAUGCAGUUCCAGUCUAUUUCCGAAGAAGACGACAUGGGUCGAGGUCAGUCACGCGCCGGGACUCUACAACGGUCGAGCACCAUCCAUAUUGGAAAGGGCAACACGAGAGGAGCCGGUAAUCGCGCCUCGUUGUCGAGAUCGAACUCGAUUGUCAACCGUGCAAUCCCAGAUUCCCAACAACCGACGGCAGAUCAGCUCAAGGACAUGACUCAGCAACGUGAUGCCUUGCAUAUGACAGUCAGGUAUCUCUUGAGAAGACAAGAGCAUCAACGAAAACAAUACGAGAAGAAGAUUCGAAUUACGGAAGCGGAGCUUGACCGUGCCAAGUCAUCGAGACAUGAGGGCAAAGGAGGCUACGAACGUGAAGUUCGCACUCUUCGCUCAGAGAUCAACCUGCUACGUAAGAGGACCGACGACGCCCUCGAACAGAAAUGGCAAUGUGAAAAGGGCCUAGCUGGUUUGAAGAUGGACCUCGAUCGGAGUAAACAAGAGACAUCCAGCCUUGAAAAGCUACUUCAGACGCGUGACGAGAGCGCACCCGAGGUUCUCUCGUCGACCCUUGAGAAAGCCCUCAAAGAUUUGCAGCUGCAACGAGAACAAGCCCGCCAACAUGAGUCGCUAGGAUCCUUGCACAAAGAAGAAGAGUUCGCUGGUGAAUUGGAAAGAUCUGCGCAACGGUCUGAAGAACUUGCGGCUCAAGUUCGACGACAAAUGACAGCCAAUGCAGAGCUCCGAGGACGCCUGAAGCAAGCCAUCUCCAGCGGUGAGGCCAACCAGGCUGCAUCGGCAGGUCAAAUCAAUGAACUCCAGAUCAAGCUCCGCAAACUGGAAGAUGUCAUUAACGUCGCUCAGAUGCAGUCAGAGACGGCUGUGAUGAAGCAUGAGGAAGAGGUUCGCGUUUUGAGGGCAAGCCACAACGUUCAGUUGAUGCGCAGCGCCUCUGGAAGAAAGACCUCUGGCAUGUUGACACCGAACCUGCCGCGGACCCCACUAUCACCCAUGUUCGCCAGCAGCAAGCGCAGCCCUCGACUUGAUCAGACAACCAGUGGACCAGGCCUGAAUCUGCAACAAGCAUUAAAAACCGAAUAUCUCGAACGCAAGGUUGUGGAUCUGGAGAAGGCGUUGGCUGACGCCGAGAAAGAAAUGAAAGAAGUAGUAGGAAGGAUGAACACCGCACAAAUUGGUGUGGCUGAGCUUGAGUCCGAAAGGGACGAGGCACUUCGACAAACUCGACGACUCGAGGCCGAAAUCAUUGCCGAAAGAGAAAAGGUUCAGAAUUUGAUUGAUUAUGAUUAUUCGUACGACUCGGACUAUUAGCGGACCAUUGGUCAAAUGGCAUAUCUCAGGGGCCGACGAGAGUCGAAAAUUUGUUGUUCGAUACCCAUUUGAUUUUGAUGACGCCGUCAUCUGGCAUGCAAACGUAUAGCAUGUGAUUGGUCGCAGCAUGCAUGGUCUAAGAGCUGAGAGAGAGCUCUGAUGAGGCCAAAAUUGCGGUCAUACGGACCGCAUUUGUACAGCACAGGCACUGAGAUGAGGUUGGAGAAGGCGCUCUUGAAGUUGGACAUUGUGACAUAUUGGCAUAUUGACUUGACCAUGGAGAGACACGUGGAGGAAGAUAUAUAUUAAACAGGUGUCUAGUAAUAGAGGUAGAGGACUACUAGGUAGUCAAGAUAUAUACCCUGGCGGAAGAAUUCCUUGGGAACAGC